CACAGCCACAUGGCGAAGACUAGUCAUGCAAGGAUUGUGUUGUGGCGAUUGUGCUGGGGCUGAUAAAUGCUUCUCAGUCUGAUCCGUCAGUGAAAGGGGUAGUAAUCCGCGAGAUCUGAGAGAAAUUACCUGCGCUUUGUGGCCCAUCGGGAAGUACCCGGCAGAGCGAGGUCUGUGCUGCAGCACCUGUUCCCUGUCGCCACCCGGCUUCUGGAGGCGACACCAGCGAGUUUGUAGUGUAGUGUACGUGUAGCACAUCGUAAACUCUGAAAGUUUAUGGCGCGGAUGUCUCGCGCUUUAUGACUUCCCAACAGUCAACACAUGCGGGACUUUUUUUUUUAACACCUGUGUACUGGCUUACGUUUGUGUUCUUGUUAUCGAUUGUGACUUGACACUCAUUGCCACGGACAAUAAGAACAAACCCAUAAAAAGGUAGGAUUUUUUUUUUCACUUGUUUAAUUUAAUCACAAGAAAUCUGCUGUACCUAACACUCACCAGAUAACAAAUCUCUCGCUAGAUUGAAGACUAGUUUGAGGAAUGAACAUCAAGAAUAUGUUAGAGUAAGACAGGAAGAGAGCUCUGUGUACUGUAAAACAACGGGUGUGCUUUGCAAUGAAUUGUUGGUGAUACCCGAGUUCUACCUUUCACUGGGAGACAUUAAGCGAUUUAUUUCUGAAGACUGUGAGACUGUUCAUUUUUAAAAGACGGGAAUAAAUGAGUCGAUCGAUGAGCUGAUAAAAGUUGUGUGGACAGAGCAGUCGAAGACUUCAGUGCCAAACGGGAGUGACGUUGCAGGGGAUUAGGAGAUAAUCCUGAGAGAUGGCCCUUUGUCAGGAGAACAUAACUCCUAUGGUGAGCGGGGCUCGACCUUCCCCUACCUUCUUCGGUCACUACGGGACCGCCACGUACGGCCCCACCAGCCAGCCCCACAACGUCAACAACGGUGCCGUGGGGCACGGACAGUACGGUCAGGAGCAUGCACACUACGCCCAAUUUCAGGUGAGUCCCAUCCCGGGUGUGGGUCCCUACCCGGAUCUCUCGGGACAGUCGCAACAGCCUCAGAACGAUGGUGCGGGUAGCCACCCGACCCACGGGCAGUGGCCGUCCGCGGCCUACCCGGGUGCCCCACCCCCUCGCCCGGCCCACGUGGCGCUGGACGAGUGGAGCCAGAGUUACCUGUUUCCCUCGGCCGCCACCGGAGCGACAUCGACGACUCUUCAUCAUCAAUCACCUUACUCCUACCAUUACCGCACCUCUCAAGGCGGCUUAGACGAGUACGGAGGACACACCCCUGGGGUGGAUUCCUCGCCCUCUACAGACAGCAACUCUCCCUCGGGAGGCGUUGGGGGACACGGUAACGGCGGGACUGGCACCAAACAGCUAAGACCUCCCUUCGAGUGGAUGAAACCUGCUCACACCCAGCCUGCACCAGGCAAGACGCGGACGAAGGACAAGUACCGCGUUGUGUACUCAGACCACCAGCGCCUGGAGCUGGAGAAGGAGUUCCACUUCUCUCGCUACAUCACCAUCAGACGCAAGGCCGAGAUCGCACAGCAGCUCGCCCUCAGUGAGAGACAGGUGAAAAUCUGGUUCCAGAACAGACGUGCGAAGGAACGGAAGCAGAACAAGAAGCGCGAGGAAGCCAUGCGGAACGGCACCGGCGUGCCCAAACUAGAGCCUCUCGACUCUCCCCCGCCCAUCACCGCCUCGCACCACCCGCACAGCCACGCCCACUCUCCAAACAUGGGCAUGGGCAUGAGUCAGCACCAUCACCACCAGCAGCAGCAGCCGCCGCAGCACCAUGCCAUGUCGAUGGCCCCAGUGCCAGGGGAGGGCGGACUGGCCCACCCUCAGCUCCACUCGCCGGUGCCCUCGUCACAUCACUACGCUCCGCAGAGAAUCAGUCCUCUCCCCAACCAAGGGGUGGGGCCUCACGACAACUUGCCCCAGACAGCCACUCCCACGGGUCCUCCCAUACAGACAUCCGUUUCUGUCAACUGUUCAACGAUUCCGCAUCGCUCCCAGAAUGUACCUACACCUCUGUACGAUAAGAAGCCAGACAUGGCGUAGAACC